AUGGAGUUUACAACAAUGUUUAGCCAGAAUGGCAAAAUAUUAACAGUGUUAAACAAUUUUAAAUUCAAAUUUAAAUACGAAUCAAAGACAAAUGGUAAUAAAACAUGGGAAUGCGUCAAUAAAACAUGCAAGGCCAAAUUGGUCAUCAACAAGGAAAACAUUUUUGAUCAAGAAAAAUCUGUUUUGAAUCAUAGUCAUGAAUCAGAUUCUUCAAUUGAACGUCAAGCAGUAAGUAAUAAUAUUAAACGAAAAAUAUCUGAAAGCAAUAUAAACAAAAUCCCAUCUAAAAUAAUAAGAAAAGAACUUCGCAGUUUAGAAAACGAUAUUCAAUUACUGGUUAAUGAUAUUUCAUAUAUUCGUAGAAAUUUAUAUAAUAAAAAAACAAAAUAUCACCCACCACUUCCCAAGGAUAUUAAUGAAGUACAUACAGUUCUAAUAAAUAUGAAUAUUAUGACUAACAAAAAUGAAAACUUUUUGCUAAUUAAUGAUAAGGAAACAAAUAUAAUUGUAUUUACAUGUCUCACAAAUUUAAAAUACUUAUGUUCUAUGGAAAAAGUUUUUAUGGACGGAACAUUCCAGUUCUGUACUACAUUUUUUUAUCAGUUUUUUGUACUGCAUGGUUUUCAAAAUGGUAUAUAUAUGUCUCUGGUAUAUGCAUUGCUUCCCAAUAAACGUACAUCGACUUAUGAACAUUUAUUUAAAAAGUUACGUGAU